UGACAAGCCCCAUAGGCCUCGUCCUUGGCCGUGAAUCGGUCAUCCCACCCCCCGACGAGGGCUGUCGGUAGCAGGCCAAACACACUACGAACCCUGACCGCCUCCACCACCCACAACUAGCUCUCCUAGGGACGAUUCCACGCACUCUCGCCCUCCCUCUCUUGCCCCUCCGUUCUUUCACUUCCAGCUGGGUGAAACGCUAGCUUCGAAUUUACUUACACAACACCUCUCAUCGCCGCGAUCCGCAUCCCUGCCCCGCCAUGCCCUGUUUCAAGGGUCUCGCCGUGAGUAUACACACUCCGGACGGACCUAUCUCCGAAUACUCCAUUCAACGCCAGUCCCGGGCGUCUCGCAUAGCUUGCUACAUCCCCGUGCCACCACCCAAGAUCCCUGAAUCCGGAUCCGGACGCCCUGAGCAGUCAACGUUCGCUAUCUCCAUCACCCUUCUCAACCCCGGCCAAGACGUCCCAUACUCCGCCCCGAAACCGACCCCCGACAACCCCGCACCCAAGCCGAAGGUAGUUGGUGGGCUACCCGGGACUACCGGGGAGCGUGGCCAGUACAGCAGCACGGUUGCUCCGUACCAAGCAUUGACUAAUUCGCCAAAUGAAACGGUCGCCGCCUACAUCUACUUUGAUGGCCGGGCGAAGGAGGAAGUGGCCACACUGCUGCGGAGAGGUGAAGAAACGUGGGUCAACUCUCGAUGGGUUAGCGUACCGGUAUCAGAGGGCGGAGGUCUCGCCGAACGGGAGUUUCUCUUCCGCGAAGUCGGAUUAGAAAGAUGGCUGAACGGCUUGGACUUGGAGGGUAAAGACGCUGCCGCCAAGAUCGAGCGCCGACGACAAAAAAUGGAGAAGCGCCGAAUCAAGCGGGAAGCAACUGGAGAUCUGGAGAUGGACGCAAAGUCGGGCAAAGGUGUCAUGCGCUAUGGCAACGAUGCAAAGUCCCCGCUAGAAGAUGUUUCGGACGACGACAUGUCGUUCUCCGAUUCGGACGAUGACCCGAUCCCCGAGUCUGCGGGUCAGAUCAAGGUGGCUUUGUUCCGUGUCCUGGCAUCUGGGGAGAUUAAGCGCGGAGAGUACUCACCACAGUUCGAUGCUCAUGACGAUGAUGACGAAGCCCAGGGCGAGAAUGGACAUAAAGGGGCAGCUGAUGCGGACAUUGAUCACACAACGAGCUUUGCGAAGCCAAAGACGCUCGACCCCAAGACGAUUAGCACGCAGACCGUGACAGGCAUUGACCCAUCCGACAAACCUUACGCCACCUUCACAUUCAUGUACCGUGGCGAGCGUCAAUUGCAAAAGAUGGGAAUUCUGAGAGACCCCAAGGCGCAAGAAACUCCCGGAUCUGCAAAGCGUCGGUCCUUGCAGCCAGACUUCGCCAAUCUCGGUCCCCUGAAACCCGGCGGCACGGUCGGAUUUGUGAACUUCCGCGACAGCACAGAAAGAAAGAAAGGCAAGAAGUCUGGUGAGGAUGACGAGAUGGACAGUGAAGACGAUGAAGACAAUUCGAUUCUCGGUAAAGCAGAUGAAGAGGAGGGCAAAGAAGAUGAUCUUCAUUUGUCUCCGGAUGAUAUCCGACGGCAAGGGGAGCUCGCGGAAAGCAUACGCAAAAUAAAGCUUAAACGUCAGCAUUCGUCUGCCUCGUUAGCUACGAAUACACCUCCGGCCGAAAGUGCGAGCCCCAAGACAGCCGGGGACACGCCUGCGACCAACGAUCCGUCUACUACUCCGCCCGCUGUUGCUGCGGCUACGGCCGCUGAAACCCCCAAGCCAGCCGCUAACCCGCUGAACGGAGGAUUCAUCGGCAGUCCAUUGAAGAAGCAGCGGGCGAGCGUCUCACAUUCAGAUGAAGACGCCAUGCGCCGACGAAUGGAGUCGGGACUUUCCCAAGAGAUUACAAAUGUUGGCCCAGGUGACAGUACCAAGGCAACCAACCCUCUUGAGACACACCCGCAAAAACCCCAGGAGACCGAAGAUGAGGAACUGUAACCGGUUGCUUCAACUCCCAUCAUCCAUGCCCAUAUUCAGCGAUACAGAUGUCUACCCACAAUUUUUUUCAUCCUCCUCUUUCUUUUUCUUCACUUCAGACGCCACGAUGGACUGGUGCGAGACGGCGCGCUAGCCAGCUGCGUCAGACCGCAGCACCAUCUGCACUCUGAUUUGAUCUUUUUUCAAUUAUUAUUUACCAUUCUAACUACAGCUGACAUCUACUGUUUGGAUAUGGUCCAUUUCUGACGAAAUCAUCAUGACUAAGUAGUUUUACCCUUCACUUUCAUAUCCAUCUCUCUCAGUUCUGUGG